AUGAAUUUAAUUUGGAUAAGUUUGAUUACUAUUUUGUGCGCAUCUACAUUGGUAAAACAGUGUGAUGGAAAAACAAUAAGCCUUCCUGGAAAAAUAACGGGUGGUGAAGAUGCUCAAAUCCAAGAUUAUCCAUACCAAGUAUCCAUUGAAUUUGCACGCAGCCAUCAAUGUGGUGGUACAAUUAUCGCUGCAGAUGUUAUACUUACUGCCGGACAUUGCACAGCAUUUUAUAAUGAAAAAUAUUUACAAAUUCGUGCCGGUACUUCGUAUAGAGAAACUGGUGGUGUUGUUCGACAAGUUGCCAAAAAGAUUAUCCAUGAAGAAUUUAAUGUAAUACCAAAAGAUUAUGAUGUUUCAUUGAUUAUUUUAAAUGAAACAUUAGAAUUUUCUCAAUUUAUUCAACCAAUUCAAUUACCUGAAGAAAAUGAAUUUUUAACUGAAGAUCAUGUUGGUAUUGUUACUGGAUGGGGUCGUUUAACUCAUGAAGGACCCCAACCAGAUAUUUUACAAAAAGUUGAAAUACCAAUUGUAAAUCAAAAUGCAUGUAUUAACGCUUAUGUAAAUGAUACAGUUACACCACGUAUGCUUUGUGCGGGUGAUUUAACCUAUGGUGGUAAAGAUGCCUGCCAAGGUGACUCUGGUGGACCAUUAGUUGUGAAUCAUAAAAUUCAUGGUAUUUCAUCAUGGGGUGAUGAUUGUGGCGCUAAACAGUUUCCAGGUGUUUAUACACGUGUCUCAGCUGUUCGUGAAUGGAUUAGAUCUCAAAUAAACGUAUAAUUGCUAAAA